AUCUCUUUCCUUUCCGCCUUCCACCCCCAGGGCCGUAUUCAGCAAAGUGGUCCCUUCACUGGAGCACGGUCUCCUCUGCGCCCUCCAUCUGCAAAGCUACAACAGUUUGGGGGCAGGGGCGACAGUUCACUUUUGGCCCCAAAUGAAUGGAAGCCCCUGAGAAAGAGGGCAGAGCUCAACUCGGAUUCGCAGAACACCAGGGUCCAGCACCAACGCCUUCUCGACCCUCCUCCCACUCGCGUCCUCCACAGGGUUUCCGCCCCCACCCUCAAGUGGAAGGCGUGUCCUCGGGGCGUAGUCUGGAUAGAACUUGCUCCCAGGAAGGGGCGGGGCCACGUUUUGCCCACGUCUCCAGGCCCGGCCAGACGGAAAAGGCUGCGUGUGGGAGGAUCACCCGCCUGAGACCAGACUGCAAGAGUUCCUGUCUGUGGGAGGGGAACAAAAUGGAGCCUCAUUCCCGGGAAGAAUCCUAAUGAGAAGACAAGGCAGUGAGCAGCUCCGCCCUGUCCCCCUUCGGCUUCAUCUACACAACUUCCUGCCUUCAGCACUAGGGUAGAGCCACCAUGACACUAACUGCUCCCCUUUUCUGCCUUCUGGCCCUGAUGGUGACAGGACUAGCACAUGGCAUCAGAGGUUCCCUUAGGGCCCAGGACCUAGGUCCCAGGCCGCUGGAACUGAAAGAGGUCUUCAAGUUGUUCCAGGUCCAGUUCAACCGGAGUUACUCAAACCCAGCAGAGUACUCUCGCCGACUAGACAUCUUUGCCCACAACCUGGCCAAGGCUCAGCAGCUGCAGGAAGAGGACUUGGGCACUGCUGAGUUUGGGGUGACUUCAUUUAGUGACCUCACAGAGGAGGAGUUUGGCCAGAUCUAUGGGCAUCAGAAGGCAGUUGGAGAGGUGCCCAGCGUGGGCAGAAAGGUAGGAUCUGAACAGCAGGGGGAGUCAUUGCCCCGCACCUGUGACUGGCGGAAGACGGCUGGCAUCAUCUCACCCAUCAAGAACCAGGAAAACUGCAAGUGCUGCUGGGCCAUGGCAGCAGCUGACAACAUCGAGGCCCUGUGGGGCAUCAAAUAUCGUCAGCCUGUGGAAGUCUCAGUGCAGGAACUGCUUGAUUGUGACUGCUGUGGGGAUGGCUGCCAGGGUGGCUUCGUUUGGGAUGCAUUUGUAACUGUCCUCAACAACAGUGGUCUGGCCAGUGAAAAGGACUACCCGUUCGAGGCCAGUGUCAAAACCCACAGGUGCCUGGCCAACAAGUACAAGAAGGUGGCCUGGAUCCAGGAUUUCAUCAUGCUGGAAGACAAUGAGCAGAGAAUUGCCCAGUACUUGGCCACCCAUGGCCCCAUUACUGUGACAAUCAAUAUGAAGCUACUGCAGCAUUACAAGAAAGGUGUGAUCAAGGCCAAACCUAUCACCUGUGACCCUCGGCUUGUGGAUCAUUCCGUCCUGCUAGUGGGUUUUGGCAGGAUGGGGACAGAGACAAUCUCAACCCAGUCUCACCUGCACCCUCAACACUCCACCCCGUACUGGAUCCUAAAGAACUCCUGGGGGGCCCACUGGGGAGAGAAGGGCUAUUUCCGCCUGCACCGAGGGAGCAACACUUGUGGCAUCACCAAGUACCCAGUCACUGCCCGUGUGGACCUACCAGUUAGAAAGCUCUCAGUCUCCUGUCCUCCCUAAACCUAUCCAGCCUUCCCCUCAGCUCUCUCCUGCUGCCUCUUCACCAGCCUCACCACAAGAUUUCUGCCCAUCCCACCAAUCUUCUCAAUAUGGCUUGAAUAAAUGAAGGCAAGAUCCCUGGGUUCUGAGUGAACUCAACUGAGGAGGGGAGAUGGUGGAUGAGUUGAACACAGACACCAUUCCCUGGUCUUUCCCACUCCUUGCAGGGCUGACAUACACAUACAUUCAGGG